AUGGCGUCUCCCCACUCCAACAACUCGAACCCGUUCGCCGGACCUGAGCCUGACAACACCGCCGUUCACGAUCUUGACAUCCACACCCGCGUGCCCAUCAAGCUCGACCAAUCCAACUCCUCGUACUACGCGUGGAAGACCUGCUUCAACCUCCUCUUCCGCGAGUACCACCUCCUCGAGCGCGUUGACGGGACCGUUGAUGGCGACCUGAUGGCGGGCAAUCCGGACUGGGCGACCAUUGAGGCCUCUCUCAUCCGGUGGUUCUACCUCACCGUCUCGCCGGACAUCUUCCGCAUGGUCGUCUCGGAGGAUGAUGACGUGUGUGCCGUGUGGACCAAGAUCAACAACCUCUUCACCGAUAAUAAACUUCAACGUCUCGUGUUCUUGCAGCAGGAAUUUUUUGGGUGCCACCAAGAUGACUCCUCCAUCGACGACUACUGCACGCGCCUUAAGUGGCUCGCUGACGAGCUCCGCGAUAUUGGCGCCAAGGUGUCGGACAAACUCAUGCUCAGCACCCUCACCGCCAGCCUCAACGAGGAUUUCGGCAAUGCGGCCUCCAACCUCUCCCUGCUGCCGAACCCGACCUUCCACUCCGUCGCCGCGUAUUUACACCUGGAGGAACGCCGGAUGAAGAAGGUCAAGGCGCGCAUCCACCACACCGCCCUCGCCGCCGGGACCUCUCGCGGGGAGCCUCCGUCGGCCCCGCCUCACCCGCGCCCGCCCGCGCCACCGGGGUUCUUCCCCCUCCCGCCGGCCCCGCCAGCAGCACCCACCCCAUCGCAGCAGCCGCAGGAGCAGGGCGGUGGCCGCUGCAACCGGCACCGCAGAGGCGGUCGCCCCAGGCCACAAUAG